ACCCUUUUCCCUUUACCCUUUACCAUUCCUGUUUUUUUUUUCUUUCUACUCUGUGCCCUCUAUGGGGAAAAUCUGGGUUGAGAUAUGCUUGAUAUCUGCUCGUGGGGUCAGAGUUUCACGCUCACUUUGGAAGCGUCAAUGGUAUGCUGUUGGUUGGGUUGAUACUAAGAGUAAGUAUUGCACCAACGUUGAUGCUUCUGGGAAUGCAAAUCCUGUUUGGGGAACCAAGUUUGCCAUUCAGGUUGAUAACUCAGACCCAAACUUACAAGAUCUUGCACUGAACGUCGAAGUUUACAGCAGAGACCCCAUAUUCCUCACAGAGAAGCUUCAUGGCUCAGCCACGGUUAUUCUCAGAGAGUUUCUUGCCAAGCAGGUCAAGAACUCUGAGGUUUCAGGGCCGAGGCAUGAGGAAGUAGGAAGCUACCAAUUACGAAAGAAGAAAUCCAGCAAAUCAAGAGGCUUCAUUGAUGUUUCAGUUCGUGUUUCUGAGGACAAGGAAGAGCCUAAUUCUCACCCAGGUAAUGGGGGAGGAAUAGUGCUCUUAGAUCGUGGCAAUAGUACCCAGUUGACCCCAGAUAUUGGAUUUGGGCAACCUUAUCAGCAGCAAAUGGCUAAACCUUCAUUCCAUGGGCCAGAAAAACAUCCACAAACUACUGUCUCUUACUCACAUCCAGUGCCAUUUCCUACAAACUAUUCUAACCCAUAUGUGGGUGGACCAAGCUACCCUGCAGCUACUGGACCAAGUUAUCAACCACCCAGAAAUCCACACUCAAAUGUUGGUUAUAUUCCCACUUUCCCCCCAAGUAGUUAUGGCUUGGAACCAAGUUAUAUUAACAUGCCAUCAUCCUCUGGGGUAGCCCCAAGGCAGAGGGGACCCCCAGGAUUUGCAAUGGGUGCAGGUGCUGGAGCAUUAGCAGCUGGUGCUGUAAUGUUUGGUGAUAAUUUAAUGUCAGGUUUUGAUGUUCCUUCAGGUCUUGGAGAUCCCAGUCUUACCAUUGCAACUGAUCCUCUUUUCUGAACAAAGUGUUAAAUUUAAGCAGCUUCUGUAAUUAUAUAUUAGGCUGCACACUAUUGUUUACUGCCUACCCGUAAACAAGAUAUGUCCAUGCCAUAAGAGUUCUAGUAUCUUUAGGUUUACUCUAUCAAAGAAAAUGCUCAAGUUUCUUGUGUCUGGUCUGAGUCUGGAGAGCAUUUUUAGUGCUCCUGGAGCAUCAAGUAUGAGACAACAUAUUAGAGCUGAUUUCUUGUCAUUUAAAAAGAGACAACAUAUUAGAGAUGAUUUCUUGU